CUCGCAUUCGUUUAUAAUUAAGAGACGAUCUACUUUGUUAGAUCGUAUUCACGGCCUAAAGAUCGCCCAGUCCAUUCAUAACUGUUAUAUAAUCUUACCCGCCCACUUCAACUCGGCUCACACGAUAGUGAGGAAUGCCAAUAGUCUUUUGGUUUUCUGGAAUUUGAGACACAUCGGCGUACGCCAUUAAUAGUUUCCGAAGCAUCAUGGCUACAGAAACAGAGACACACGAUAUACGAAAGGGGAUAAUUCUUGGAGGACCUCGAAACGAAGAUGUCGAUUUUCAGACUACGGUGCGAGGAAUGCUGGAGGCUAAUUUCGAAGACUGGCCAAACGAAGCAGGAUUCGAAGGCCUAAAUGAGAUACGCGGUCCCGUAGAACUUUCUAUCAAAGGUUCUAUCCCGGUGUGGGCUGCUGGCACGCUGUACCGCACUGGCCCCGGGCAGUAUGUCGUCGAAAAUACCCCGAAAGGUACAUUCCGUACCACACAUUGGUUCGACGGCCUGGGCCACUCACAUAAAUUUAAUAUUAUUCCCAACUCAGAAAAAGGUGGUAGUCCUGUGAGGGUCGAGUAUACAUCUCGACGUCAGAGCCAGGCUCUAUACGAUGCUAUUAAGAAAGAUGGGAAAAGACCUGAUAUUGGUUUCGGGCAAAAGAUGGACCCGUGCAUCGGCCUAUUUGGCAAGAUCAUGAGCGUUUGGAGAGGAUCACCGAAACGGGAGGAUCCUAAUUUUGACAAUGUUUCGGUUGCCUUUCAAGCAAACGUGCCUGGCUUGCCGUCGAAAGCCAGAGCAACCGCCGAGUCUGGCCACCGAGCAGGUAUCAAGAAUCUAUGGCUGACUACAGAUAACGGAAAUAUGAAAGAGAUCGACCAGAAUACCUUAGAGCCGAUAGGAAUAGCCAGACAACAAACGCUCCACCCGCUCCUCAGAGGUCCUCUGAGCUGCGCCCACGCCCAGAGAGACCCGGAAACCGGCGACUACUACAACUAUAACCUUGAAAUGGGCUAUAAGUCGUUCUAUCGUGUUUUUUGCACGAAUGCGUCAACCGGAGUAACCAAAAUUAUAGCUACGAUAUCCGCUGUCGACGUGAAGCCGGCGUACAUUCACUCGUUUUAUCUCACACCUUCCUUUGCCAUAUUGUGUAUUCCAUCAUCCCAUAUCGGUACAAACGGUAUUCAAGUUCCUUGGAAGGGCAAUAUGGUCGACGCCAUCGAGGCCUUCGACGAGUCAAAAUUAUGCAGGUGGUUCGUCGUCGACCGUCUCGGCGACCGUGGUGUAGUUGCCACGUUCGAUAGCCCGGCUGCCUUUUACUUCCACAGCGUAAAUUCGUUUGAGGAGCGCGACCAGGAGACGGGUGACUUGAACGUAUACUGCGACGUAAUGCAGUAUCCUAACAUUGACGUGAUACGAGCGUUUGAAGUGGACGUCAUGCUCCAGAGGAACGGCGCGGCCAAGAAAUUCUGGGGCGACGAAGAGCGUAAUCGCAACUGUCACGUUCGUCUUACUCGGUGGAAACUUGGGAUCCCCAAAUCAGACACGAACGAUGCGGGUGCGUCAGCAACUCGACGAAAUGCGGAGAAAAUGUUCGAAAUCAAGGCACCGCAUGCUGGCGAACUACCUACGAUCAACCCGACGUACGCGACUAAGAAACAUCGCUACGUAUAUAGCAUAGCCAACCGCGGUCACAGUACCCUCUUCGACACUAUUGUGAAGACAGACGUGUUAACACACGGGACGACGUUCUGGGACAACCCGAGCGGACACACGCCAGGAGAACCUAUCUUCGUACCGCGUCCGAAGUCGCCUGAAGAUGGAGACCUGGACGAAGAUGACGGUGUGCUCCUGAGUGUCGUGCUUGACGGAGCUUGUAAGACAAGUUAUCUGCUAUGCUUGGAUGCCAAGACUCUACGCGAACUGGGACGUGCCGAGUGCGAUUUUGCUAUAGGGUUCGGGUUUCAUGGCAUGCAUUGGCCUGCUCCGGUCCCUACAACGUCUCAGGUGUAAUACGGUUACAAUUUAUAUAAGCCAUUGAUUGGCGUAAAGGAUCGCGCUUAGGACAAGGAUAAGCGAUUGGCUUGCAGGCCGAGAAUCCGAUGUAAAUACGCGAAUUUGAAUUAAUUUCUAACAAUCAUUAUAGUGCCUGGUUAGUAUUCGGUUUUGUAG